AUGGUGAUCAGUGAUAGAUCCCCUGAGAGAAUUGUUACCCCAUUUUCUCAAAGGAUUCUUGACGAUCCACUGCCAAAACAUUAUCAAAAUCUAAAUAUCGGAGAGUACUCUGGAACUACUGAUCCGGAAGAUCAUCUUUAUAAAUUUGAGAGUGUGGCUCUACUACAACAGUUUUUUGAUGGGGUUGAGUGUCAGAUGUUUCUUACUACUCUUGGAGGAGCGGCUCAAAGAUGGUUCAAAAAAUUAUCAGAAAAUUCUAUUCGGCGCUUCAAGGACUUCCACAAAGUGUUUCUUCAUCAUUUUUCCAGCAAUAGAAAGUAUCAUAAAACUCCUUGGAGUCUCUUCUCUAUUAAACAGGAGCCUAAGGAAAGCAUCAGAGCCUAUAUUAAAAGGUUUAAUCAAGUAGUCAUUGAUGUUCCUAAUGCCACUACUGAAAUUUUAGUGAGUGCUUACUCUCAAGGGCUCAAUGACAAUGAUUUCUUCAAGAACCUAAUACGAAAUCCUCCAAUUAAUUUUGAUUUAUUAAUUGAGCGAGCUACUGAAUUUAUUAAAGUUGAAGAGGCUCAAGUCGCUCGCAAGAAGGAGAAUGUUGUACCUAUUCCAACUCCAACUAAUGACCGAUCCACAACUCCUGUUCAUCCACCUUGGGGACCUCGUGCAGAUCCUCCUCCUCACCGUCAGCCUGAACUCAUACCUCAAGCAGUAUAG